AUAAUGUCGAAGAUCAAUGAUCUUGUGAACGGAAACAAUAGUCAUGACGAGUCAGUUCUAGCUUGGUGUAUGUGCAAAAUUGACGAGUGUACCAAAGCUAGUUGUCUUUCCUAUCCAUCGAUUGCUCCGUAUCUCUUGGAUGCUGCCUUACAAGAUACCAGCUGUACGUCAGUCGCAUCUGUUCUCGUCCUGUACACGGGUGGCACAAUCGGCAUGCGCGCGAUCGAUGGAGCCUAUCAACCAGUUCCAAACUAUCUCGUCAAAUCAUUGUUGAAAAUGCCUACGUUUAACGAUCCGCACUUCGAACGAUCGCGCCAGCGUAAUUCCGUUCCUCGAGCCUCCUCACAAUCCCUCAUACAGUUGGACAAUGUGGCGCAAGCUGGGUUGGAUGCCUCUGCCACACCAUCGAACACAACAUUUGUGCUACCAUUAACUAAAAAUCGUCGAAUUUUCUACUCGAUUGCCGAGUAUACCCCGUUACUUGAUUCAUCAGAUAUGACGAUGGACGACUGGGUUCGUAUCGCACGUGAUAUUCAAAGCUACUACGAUCUAUUUGACGGGUUUGUCGUUCUGCACGGAACAGACACUUUGGCAUAUACGGCAUCCGCACUCAGUUUCAUGCUAGAGAAUCUGGGCAAACCGGUCGUUCUGACUGGAUCGCAGGUCCCAAUCUUUGAGCUGUUUCGGGGCUCACGUGUGGUCAAAUGUUCCAGUAGUGAAUUUCACGCUUUCGCAUCUCCUAACUAUCCGGUUCUAGCCAAAUUCGGAACCGAUCUAAUAUUCUUCCCGGACUUGGUUUUCCGCCCGGUCGGUCCGCAACGCACUUUCACCAUUCACACCGAACUUUGUCGUGAUGUGGCCGUGCUGAACAUGUUCCCUUCGAUUGCUGCCGAGCAUGUCGCCACCUAUCUGGCUCCACCAACAAAAGGCAAGUUCCACGAAAUGAUCGCAAGCGAAAAAGUGGGCUGA